AUGGCGUGGUCAAAGUCGACGCGGAUCAGCAUCAUGCUGGCCAUCGAUGUCGUCUUCUUCCUCGUUGAGCUGAUUGUUGGUUUGAUUGUCAAGUCGCUGGCCCUGACGGCGGAUGCUUUCCACAUGCUCAACGACAUCAUUUCCCUUUGUGUCGGACUGUGGGCUGUCGCCGUGGCAAGAAAGGCCACCACCGACAAGUACUCGUACGGCUGGUUACGCGCUGAAAUUCUCGGCGCCUUCUUCAACGCCGUCUUCCUCAUCGCCCUUUGCGUCUCCAUCAUCCUCGAAGCCAUUACUCGAUUCUUCGACCCUCCCGAGAUCGACAACCCCCAGCUCAUCCUUAUCGUUGGUGCGUUCGGCCUCGCUUCCAAUCUCGUCGGCUUCUUCGUCCUCGGCGGCCACGGCCACUCCCACGGCGGCGGCGACCACUCCCACGAUGAUGGUGAACACGACCACGCCCACUCGGACGAGCACGCCGCCGAGGAAGGUCGCGCCAACUUCUCCAGCGUCGCCAACGACGACGAGGGCAACGUGGGUGAUAUUUUCCCCGAGGCCAUCGUCGCUAGAGCUACCGCCGCUGCCACUUCUGAGACGCCUCGUCACAUAAGGUUCGAGCGGGAGUCCGACCCCGUGGGUCGAGCUCCGAGCCGCGCGUCCGCCACCUCCAAGAGCCAUGACCGCCGCAGAACCAGCUCCCGACACCACUCACGCCUUACUAGUAUCGAGGACAUUAGCAUCCACCCUUCGAGCUUCCGACAGGAGAUCAUCGACGCCAGCCGAACCCAGCUCGACGGCCAGGAUUCCACGAGUGAGAGCGAAAUCGACGAGACCGUCAUCGACGAUGGUGAGCCCAACGAGCAAUCCCCUCUACUCGCAUCCAAGGGCAACAACCAGACCUACCUGAUUGAAGAUCACCGCGGCCGUACUGCCUCCAAGCGCCCGAGACGCGAGUCCAGCCUUCACCACGAGCACAACCACAACAAGGAGCGCAAGAAGACGUCGGGCGGCCACGGCCACGACCAUGGUGACAUGGGAAUGAAUGCCAUGGUUCUCCACGUCAUUGGCGACGCUCUCGGCAACGUUGGUGUAAUUGUCACGGCUCUCAUCAUCUGGUUGACCGACUGGCCCGGUCGCUUCUACGCCGACCCUGCCGUCUCUCUGUUCAUUACCCUGAUCAUUCUCAAGUCGGCCAUCCCCCUCACCAAGGCCACCUCCAAGGUCCUCCUUCAAGCCACUCCCGACAACAUCGACCUCCAGGAAGUACGCGAGGAUAUCCAGAAUUUGCCCGGUGUCCUCAGCUGCCACCACGUACACAUUUGGCAGCUCUCUGACACCAAGAUCGUCGCCUCCCUGCACGUUCACGUCAACUUCCCCAUCUCGGCCGAGGGUGGCGAGAAGUACAUGGAGCUCGCCAAGCGCGCCCGCAAGUGCCUGCACGCCUACGGCAUUCACGCAGCCACCAUCCAACCCGAGUUCUGCGGCGACGACGAGCACCACCACGCCAACGAGGAGGAGCAGAUCGCACAGUACGAUGGCGCCGCUUCUGUCGGCUCGCCCAAGCAGACUUGCUUGCUCGAGUGUGUGGACAACUGCGCGGCCGGCGGCUGCUGCUCCGAGUCGACAGCUGCCGGUAGCCUGCGUAGCCAGUCUGCCCACAGCCACGACGGCCAUGGACACGACCACGAUCACAGUCAUGACCACGGCAACGGCCACUCGCACUCGCACGCGCACUGA